AUGCCUGAGUCUCCAAGCGAGCUAGGUCAGAAACACUCCCUCCGUCGCUCCGUCACCCUUCCCGUCAAGUUAAAUCCACUCACUCAGCGUCGCGCGAGUGUGCCGAAUACCCCGGAGCAUGUAAUUUAUUAUCACCCGACGGCAAAAAUCGUUCAUUUCGCCCCGAGAGCGCUCGCUCCUAUUCCAUCCAGCUCUGCGCCGUCUGACUUCGACUACCCCGUUGACACCAUCGAAACACUCCCAUGGCGCUCUGCGACAGAGCGAACGGUCGCAACAGCGCCACUGCGGCUGGAGAAGGUCCACGGCUCAACGGCCUUCCUGAAGUGCGGCAAUGUUGUCCACGCUAUUCUGAAGAACUCCCAGUGCUGGUGUGUUGAUGGGGUUUCGAAAUUUGUUCUGCGCAUUCGACCGCUCACAUAUUAUCGCAUCGAAAUACCAUACGAGACGGCAGAGGAUCAAAGUUCAGUACAGGAACUCAAGAUCGCGCUACCAACCGUGCUUCGCUAUGAAGUCACGCCUUGCCCUUUUAAACGCGCUUUUAGCGUUGAGCUGCCUGUCCACGUGAUGGCCCCGCGACGCAAAAAGGCCUGGCGACCAAAGGAUCAACGGCAGAGCGUCCCAGCAGUGCUCGAGUCACCGUUCGAGGCUUCUUCGCCAUCCUCAACUCGAUCGGAGUGGAUCGACUCCGCAAGCGCUGGCGAGGAUACGGAUGGCAAUCUGACCGACGACAGCUGUUUUACCUCACACAAACCCAGCAGCAUAACUUCUGAGACUGUACAUGAUAACCGUCAUUUGUCCCCUGCUGAAACGCCAAGACCGUCCUCGUCGCACAGUGUUUCUAGGCGCUCGGUGUCGGAAACGCCCCAGACCUUCACCAGCCUGCUUGCAAAGUUCCAAGCUACGCCGGUUCCAGAGGAUUGCGACUCCGAGUCUGAGCACAAGCCAGAGCAUUCAUCGAAUCUUGGGAAUCCAGUAUUGAAGCUCAGCGAAGCAAGCAGUGUUCCAGCACAUGAUGCGCCCCUGUCGCCGAUACAAGAUGAGAUCCAAAGCUCUACUGGAUUGGAGGCCCCUGAAGUCCCUGCACCUCCAGCCAAGAUGGGAUCGUACGUCGAGGCCCAGACCGACCACGCCCCUGAAGUUGCAUCACAGGAGAGUUGUCCCAGCACAACUGCUUUGCAGCCUGAAAGCACAGCCCCAGCGGAGGAUGAAAAUCUGCUGAAUAUCGAAACACCACACUUCACGGAACCUGAGAUCAAAGUCGAGUUCAAUGAGCAUCUUGAGUGGGGGACCGACUAUGAAGAACCCCAGUCAGUCGCUGAAAAUGCCCUCGAAGCCGAUCAUGAUGUCUCUUUUGUCUCCAGCCCGGGGUCAUUCCACUCCGGUGAGCCUCAAUCGCCCGACUCGGUCUCCACCCAUCCUACCUCUGUGGGAGGUCAUGACCUUGCAGAUCCCACCGACAUGUUCUGUCUUCCCAGCGCCAAGGAUCCAGUUUCUGAACUGAAAUCAUCGCCCGAAGCAUCAUGCCAGAAGUCGGAGCUUUCAGCGGUCAAGACAGUGACCAAGAUUUCCGGGUGCUCAAACCAAACGGGCAUGUCCGCUCCUGCCUCAAGCCGUCUCAGUCCAAAUGACAUAUCCAAGGGUUUUCCUGAUGCAUUUUCGGACACAUCCCCGUCAAUGGUUCGUACCAGCACACCGCAUCAAUACUCUCCGGCCCCGGACACCUCGCGUGAGCCUAGCAUGCCAUCUCGCAUCGAUUCCAGGUCCCCAACACCGAGUACGGAUUUCAAUCACAUGAGCACCGCAUUCCGGCGUCGUUCUCAAGCCACCAGAGAGCGCGAGGCAUCUCCGAUGCCUCAUUCCUCGGCAUUGUACAAACCAUCUUCUGGCGAUGAUGCCAAAUCCUUCAUUUCUAAGGCCAUUACACUGGUUUUGAUCCCCCCUGCCUAUCUUUUUAUCAUCCUUAUCCACAUCGCUGCGCGCGUUGUGAUCAACCCCCCACCAGCCCAGCCGACAGUUGGCUACCACCAGGGUAGUUCAAAGUCCAAUUCCCAGAAAUCCAAUCAAGAUCCUGCUGCCGAGGAUGAUUUUAGCUUUCCACUGGAGCCUCAAAGCUCUUCGGAGUACGUGGACGCCGAAACUUCCAGGAAGCUUGACCCUUGGGAUCUGGACUAA